CGCGAAGUAACCUGGGGUCAAUAGCGUCUCUUCGUGGAUGAGCUGCUCGCCUCGCCAGACGCGAUAUACAAGAACAUCGCCGUUCGGUUCAUCUACGGCGAAUUAUGACUGAACCGACUUAACCUCAUUUACAUGUUCACGCGGGGGCCUUUGUCGCUGGGGUUCAUGGCUAUAUGGACUUCGUACAGGCAGUUUGCCGUGCAAAACAGCGCGUGGGUUAUAGGCGGGAUGGCGUGGAUUUUAGUGGUCCUGUCAGGGAUGCAGGUCGGGUUGGAUAUCGCACUUGGGGAAGAGGGGGCAUUUAAGAGGGCGAGUUAUGGGUUUGCGGAGUUUUCAAUCUUGGGGCCGAUUAGUGCCAUGGUGCUGAUGUUUACGUACAUAGUGGUGUUGUUUGUGUGAAAUUUGGUGAGGACGAGGAGGUUUGAAGUCCAGAGGAGCCAGAGGCUCGGAAGGACCCGGAGUGGGUUGCAUCUGGAGACCGGGAGGUUGGGGACGAGGAUGGGGACGCUGGGGAGAGGGAGGACGGGGGACAUGGAGGUGUGAGGGAGUAAGUGGUUGGGCUGAUGGAUGUACAAGAUGGAAUCCCGCGUCAGCGGGUUGAUUGUCUUGGUGCUGAAGAUCCCGAUGGCUCGGGCGGUGCGACGGAGACAGAGUGUUAGUGGUAAUUCACCAUCUGUUUACUUUGCCCAUUUUUACAGUUUCUGUUAACUGCCCAUUUUUCACUUGUGGCUCUACCUACAGUGCUGGGAACCAACGGAUACUAAACGGCUUUGAACAAAUAACUUCAAAGCACGCGCGUCGAGGCUGCUUUUCCCUUACACGUGUUCAAUUGUCCAACUUCGUCAUUAGAAGUAUUUCU